GCCAGGCGGGACGUGGCCGGGGGGCGGGACUUGGAGUCCUUCGCACGGAUUUGGAGCUGAUUUGGCUUUUUCAGGAGAAGGAAGAAAGAAAAGUCUGAGCUUUGCGCUCCCUGCCCGCCCCUGGUGGGGACCACGGCGGCUGGUGACCCCAUGUCUGCGCCUCGUGCCGCCAGUCGCUGAGACGCUCCCUGGAGGGGGACGAUGGCGCCGAGUGCUGAGAGCGCCCAGGCGGACGGCCCCGACACGGACACGGAGACGGACGAUGCUGCCCUGCUGCCCGCCCCGCAGCCCUCCUGCUGCCCAGGGCUCUGCUCAGCUCGCUGGGGGCUGGCUGUUGUCCUGCACAUCACCCUCUUCAUGGUGUACGCGCUCCGGGUCAAUCUCAGCAUGGCCAUCGUGGCGAUGACAAACGCCACCCACCCCAGCAACCAGGCCAACGUCUCCGUCGAAGUGUGUUCUAACCGCUCCCACGCGUGGUCCAACGGCUCCCACCCAGCAUUCGCCCAUGGGGCUCCUGUGUACGACUGGAGCGCCAAGACCCAGGGCGUCAUCCUCAGCUCCUUCUUCUACGGCUACAUCUUCACCCAGAUGCUUGGCGGUUACUGGGCAGGCACGCUGGGUGGGAAGGUGGUGCUGGGCUGUGGGCUGUUCCUCACCUCGGCUCUCACCCUUUUCGUGCCGCUGGCGGCAAAGCUGGGAGUCGUGUAUCUCAUCGGGCUCCAAGUGCUGCUGGGCCUCGCGGAGGGGGUGAUAUUUCCAGCGCAAUACACGCUGUGGGCAAAAUGGGCUCCCCCCAUGGAACGCAGCAGGCUCAUGAACAUUGCGGAUGCUGGAUGCACCUUCGGGACCUUCCUCACUUACCUUGUGGCCGGGUUCAUCUGCCAGUGCCUGGGGUGGCCCUACGUCUUCUACAUCUUUGGCGGCAUUGGCUGUGUCUGGAGCAUGUUCUGGUUCCUUCUGGUCUAUGAAGAUCCUGCCUGUCACCCUUGCAUUAGUGCCCGCGAGAGGGAUUACAUCGUGUCGUCCCUGGCCAGUCAGGGGUGUUCUCAUGGCUGGUCCCUCCCACUCAAGGCCAUGGCGAGGUCGCUGCCCCUGUGGGCGAUCGUUGUGGCCUGUUUCUGCACCGACUGGCUCUUCUACACACUGCUGACAUCCAUGCCGACGUACAUGAACAAUGUGCUGCACUUCAACAUCCAGGAGAAUGGGCUCCUCUCAGCACUGCCCUAUGUUGGCAAUGGCCUGGGUCACAUCCUGUCGGGGCUGCUGGCAGACUUGCUCCUGUCCAGGCAUGUGCUCAGCACGGCUGCAGUGCGGAAACUCUUCUCAGCAGUGGGGAUGCUGCUGCCUGGAGCCUUCCUAGUGGCUGUGUCCUACAUCGGCUGCAACUACACAGCUGCCGUGGCCUUUCUCACACUGUCCUUGACCGUGAACAGCACGACUGGGGCAGGCCUGAGCAUCAACCAUAUUGACAUUGCCCCCAGGUAUGCCGGGUUUCUGCUGGGGAUCACAAACACCUUUGGCAUAAUAGCAGGGAUCAUUGCUCCCACUGCAGUUGGAUUCCUCACCAGCCAGGACCUGGUGACUGGCUGGAGGAACGUCUUCUUCCUGUCGGCAGGGAUCGAUCUCUUCGGCCUCCUGUUCUACGUGGCCUUUGGCAAUGGGACCAUCCAGGAUUGGGCUAAAGAGGAUGUUGCCAACCAGUGAACAACUGAGUCAGGCU